UAUGUAUUUGAGCAGAGUACUUAUAGUUUUAAUAAGCUUAUCAAGUGUUUAUACAAAAACUAAUAAUGAUAAACGAAACUUUGAUACCCGAAAAAAUAAAAGAAUACAAAAUAGAAUCGUUGGAAUUCAUAAUUAUUUUCGAUCAAAAGUUCAACCAACCGCAAGUAAUAUGUUAGCAUUGAGUUGGAGUGUUGAAGCCGCAAAUAUGGCACAAAAGCAUGCAGAUGCUUGUGAAUUUGGGAGGCAUAGUACGAUAGAAUUGCGAAAAUCGAAUAAGUUUAAACAAUGUGGUGAGAGUUUGUCUAUUUAUGAUGUACGCGAUCCACGCGCUGAUUGGUUAAAUGCAAUUAAAUUAUGGUAUGACGAAAAAUCAUUAUUCCAAUAUGGUGGUAAUUUAACAUGGCUACAACAAAACUUUCUACGAGUUGGACACUAUACAACUUUAAUGUGGGCAACAACUUCUCAUGUUGGAUGUGCUUACGCUAGAUGCUCGAAUGAUACCACUAACACGCGUAGAAAUUUUUCAUUUCAUAAUUUUGUUUGCGCUUACUGCCCGAUUGGCAAUGAUUCUGAAUAUAUCAACAAACCGUAUAAAAAAGGAAAGGCAUGCGCCGAUUGCCCAAAUCAUUGCUUUCAGAAAACUUUAUGUUUAAAUCGAUGCCCCGUGUAUAAUAAUUAUGGUCCAAAAUAUUGCAAUAAAGAAGACGGAGACUUGUUUCGUUGGUAUCCCGAUGGCUGUAAAGAUAAAUAUGUUCGAGAACAAUGCAAAGCAACUUGUCGCUGCGGUAAAAGUCGAAUAUAUUGGUAAUAUAAGAAACUGUUGUAAGUAAGCUGUUGAUAAAAAAAAUUAAGUGUUUAAUUUUCACUAAGUGAAACUACCUGCUAAAUGUUAGUAAAUCUUUAAUUUCGAAAGAUUUCAAUUUUGAAAGUUUUUACAAAUAAAAGUUUGUCUGCAGUUUUCUAAGCAUUUUCUGCCCUAGGCGAACAUUUAAAUUACCGCCCUCAAUAUUGACAAAAUAAAAUAGUAAUAAACCGGUAAUUUGCCAGAUAAUUGGCCGGGACUUAAUAAAGAUAGAAUAAAAGUUAAAAUAUGUAUAACAUUUUUACAGU